CACGCGUCUUUACACAAAAAGCGGAAAUCCCGACUGUGAAUCAUCGGAAAUAUCUGUUAAAUAUUUCCUACAACAACCGAUCAACUCUUCAGCGAUUCCCAUGGUCUGUGACGCGGAUGCCUUCGGCGGAGGUUGGUUCGUCAUUCAGCAGAGACUUCACGGCGGGUUGUCCUUUCAGCGCGAUUGGCAGGAGUACAAGAAUGGGUUUGGUUCUGUCGGGAAGUCCAACGAAUUUUGGCUCGGUUUGGAACGGAUGCAUCGGUUAACUAAGAAUGAGGAUUGUGAGUUGAUGCUUGAGUUGAGAGAUGAGUCCGGUCGCUAUGGUUACGCUCUGUAUUCGGGCUUCAAAGUUGCUGGGGAGGGCGAUAGUUAUCGACUGUCGGAUGAUUUAAGUUUUGUUGAAGGAUCGUCGAUCGGCGAUAAAAUGAUUGGAUUGCGCAGUGAGCAAUUUUCGACCCCUGAUAGAGAUAAUGGUAGAUCACUGGAGAAUUGUGAAACAAAAUUUGGAAGUGGCUGGUGGUUCAAAGACUGCAAAAGUUUAAAUCUUAAUGGACCAUACAUGAAGGACCCCACAACUGGUCGUGGAAUCUAUUGGGAUGGUUGGACCAACGCUGCAACGUACAGCCGAAUGAUGAUCCGUCGCGCAAGGCAAACUUUACAGCAGGAUGUUAAACCAUUCAUCGAGGAUUGCAAGAAGGUGAAAAAGUCGGGAACAAACUCCUUUAGGCCAGCUGGUUUUUCCGACAUUUUCGCGGUGUACUGUGAGGCUGAAGCCUUUGGCGGAGGCUGGUUGGUGCUUCAGCAAAGGAUCAACGGAACGGAGAACUUUAAUCGCAAUUGGAACGAUUACAAGCACGGCUUUGGCACGGUUGGAAAGUCCACCGAAUUUUGGCUCGGUUUGGAGCGAAUGCAUCAAAUUACAAGCAGAAAACCAUUUGAAAUGUUGAUUGAAGUGAAGAAUGAAGAGGGACAGCACGGUUACGCCACGUUUUCCAAGUUCAAAGUUGCUGACGAGAGUGACGGCUAUCGACUGUUUGAUGAGUUCCGAUGGAGCGAAGGGAUGAUCAACUUUGGGCUCCAGUUGUCGCACGGAGAGCAAUUUUCAACCUAUGAUAAAGAUAAUGAUAAAUCUAGCGAGAAUUGUGGAUCCCUGUACAAAGGUGGCUGGUGGUUCUACAAGUGUAGACAUUCAAACCUCAAUGGCCCGUACAAAGAAGACCCCAAAACUCAUCGAGGUAUUUUCUGCCAUGACUGGGCUCAAGCUGCAACUUACAGCCGAAUGAUGAUUCGUAGCACUUGA